AUGGAUACAUUUCGAUUCCGUUUGAACUGCCUGGACCAUUACCAAGCGACCCCAACUGAGUUAGACCCGCAGUUAUCUUCUGGUGGUGGUCUCUCGCAAAGACACAAUGCUCCACCUAUUGUUGUCAUUCGUGCGUUUGGGGCAACGGAGACUGGACAAAAAGUGUGUGCUCAUAUACACGGGGCUCUUCCUUAUGUGUACCUGAAAUACGAAGGCAGUCUGGACGAUGAUGCUGUCGACAGCUAUAUGCACGACUUGCGUAUUUCAAUCGAUCACGCGCUUGCUACUAGUUACCGCAGGAAUGCUUACGAUGGGAAAGCCAAAUUCGUAGGCCAUAUCACACUAGUAAAAGGGGUGCCCUUUUACGGCUACACUGUUGGGUAUGAGUAUUUUCUUAAAGUCUACAUGUUGAAUCCGACAAACAUGACGCGACUAGCGGAUCUUCUAUCCCAGGGCGCUGUAAUGAAUAAAGUCAUCCAACCGUUUGAGAUGCAUCUACAAUUCCUAUUACAAUGGAUGUGCGAUUUUAACUUGUACGGGUGCGCCUAUAUCGACAGCGCAAAAGUCAUGUUUCGCAGCCCGGUUCCCGCAUACAUGGACAUGAAUAGCCUGUCACACAAAUGGCAUGACGAAUCGAUACGUCCUGAUUGGAUAUCAAACACUGAGAGCUUCCCCAGACAGAGUCAUUGCUCCCUAGAAGUGGACAUAUGCGUUGAAGAUAUCUUGAACAGAAAAGAGAUCCGACCAAGGCCCCUUCAUCAAGACUUCAUUGAAAGGUUCCACCAGAUUGGUCCAGAUGAAAAGUUUGUCAAUUCUAUGGCCAGUCUAUGGCGAGAUGAAACCCUGCGGCGAAAGAGGCGCAUGGGUCUAAAGGACCCAGGUAGCAGUCCGUUCCCACCUGAAGUCUUUGUUUCCAUGUCAGCAGGCCCUAGAAACACGGACAGUGGAGGUUGGAUUCAUGAAGACGAGUUUCGUCAAGUCAUCGAGGAUUUGAUCAGAGAAGAAGAGCAGAAAGGCUCCGACCCUGGCAGGAACUUUGAAAACUUUUUGGAACGAAAUACCCUUGAGAAAGGGGUUCAAACUGCACUGGAAAGUGUAGCUGACCUGUUUUCUCAUAACGUCCGCCGCGCUCGAUUAGAGCCUCUUGAAAACUUCACAGUCUCAGAGGCAUCUUCGGAUCGCACUCCCGAACAUGUCAGUGACGAUAUGACCAUCAAUCUUGAUAGAGAACCCGAUGUGUAUCGUUCAGAACUGGAGACGAUUGGUGAAGAGCCGGGAAAGGGGAUAGAUUCUAUGCUCGAUGAUAAGGUGAUGCAGAAUGGUAAACGCGUGCAAACUUCGCCGGCGAGAAAUCGUGCUAAACGAUCACGAAUAUCUACAUCCGAACCGCUGUCUCCGAGUCAUGCAGAUAUCAAUGCUCGAGCGAACAAUGAUAUAAUGGCAGCAAUAUCAUCACAGAGUAGCAUCAAAUCCACAAAGGGGCCCACAACCUUCUCGUUCCCAGUCGUAAAAGACCCAAACGACCCGGAAACCAGAUUACGAUUGAGCCAGCGUGAAUUCUCUAAUUCGCAAAAGGCCCCACAGACACCUGCGUCAAAGAUCAUUCAGCAGUUUUCCACCCCGGCGGCGACACGAACUCCUUGGGGUCUCUCGAUGGAGCUUACCCCUCAAUCUAAUAGGUCUCACACUAAGCUGUCGUCCGAAGCCGCUCAAUUAGUAAAACACUUACAAACAGGGUUGAUAGGAACCUCUAGGUCCUAUUCCCUCUUCUACGGUUUCUUGCCUCCUUCAUCGAGUCUUGUUGAGUCAUCGAUGAUAGACUAUGGCGUUCCGCCGACAAUUUACCAAGAUGCAUACUAUGGCGAUGAGAAAGACGUACCAGAUCGCGCACGUGAGUACGCAGGGCGAGAGUUUAGAUUACAAAGUACAACUAUACCUUUCCUCCCUGCGUUCGAUGCUAGCGGAACUUCAUCAGCUUGUCGGGGCGAAAACUCUCCGGUACUUGUGGAUAAGAUCACGGAGGAGCUGCGGCAUUCUCGUCGUCGUCAUGGAUGUAGCUACCGAUGCUGGGAAUAUGCUGAGUCGCCUCCUGCGUGUAAAGAGGUAGAGAAGUGGACGAGGGAACAGCUUUACGCACGCAAAUCCGAUUUAAGUCCUAUGGGCUCAGGCUCGACAUCGAGCACACUAGGGCAGGCUAACGUUACUGUGCGGAGCGAUCCUUCACAAAUUGAAGGCCCAACUCAGAGAAACAAGCAUGGCUUUAAGUUCUCCCAAAAUAAAGCCUCUACGAGCGUUCUGCAUGAAACGCAAUAUAUGAGCAUCAUGAGUUUGGAAGUACACGUGAACAACCGUGGUUCUUUGGUUCCAGAUCCUGCAGAGGACGAAGUGGCCUGCAUAUUCUGGUGCCUUCAAUCAGACGAUGACGGGGUUGCUAGCUCGAACGGCUUACGAACUGGGGUGCUCGCGUUGUCCAACAACGUGCAAAUAUCUGAACAGAUUCGUGGCUUCCUAUCGCCUGAUAUCGAACUUGAGACCGAAAACGACGAACUAGAUCUGAUAAACCGCAUGGUUGAUAUUGUUCGAGAAUGCGACCCAGACAUUCUGACUGGCUAUGAGGUGCAUAACGGAUCUUGGGGCUUUCUCAUUGAAAGAGCUCGACUAAAGUAUGAAUUUGACAUCUGCGAUGAAUUCUCUCGUAUGAAGGCACAGUCUCAUGGUCGUUUUGGGAAAGAAGCCGAUCGGUGGGGUUUCACACAUACUUCGACCAUCCGGAUUACUGGCCGGCAUAUGAUCAACGUAUGGCGAGCCAUGAGGAGUGAACUCAACCUGCUACAGUACACUCUCGAAAACGUAGCGUUCCAUCUACUACAUAAACGCAUUCCUCACUACCACUAUUCAGACCUUACCAAAUGGUAUAAAAGCGGUCUACCAAGCGACGUCGCAAAGACGACCACGUACUUUCUAGAUCGGAUCCGCCUCAAUAUCGACAUCUUGGAAGCAAAUGAACUGGUCGCCCGCACGAGCGAACAGGCGCGCCUUUUGGGGGUAGAUUUCUUUUCAGUCUUUUCUCGAGGGUCACAGUAUAAGGUGGAGUCACUGAUGUUUCGUAUUGCAAAGCCGGAGAAUUUCAUUCUGCCGUCUCCGACACGAAAACAGGUUGGGCAGCAGAAUGCUUUAGAGUGUCUACCCUUGGUAAUGGAGCCACAAAGCAAUUUCUACAGCAGCCCUCUCCUUGUCCUGGACUUCCAGUCUUUGUACCCCAGCGUCAUGAUCGCAUAUAAUUACUGCUAUUCGACCUGCUUGGGACGUAUCGUCAGCUGGCGAGGACAGAACAAGAUGGGUUAUACCGACUUCAAACGCGCACCAGGACUGCUUCCUUUAGUCAAGGACUAUAUCAACGUUGCACCAAAUGGUAUGAUGUACGUCAAACCGGAGAUGCGCAAAUCUUUGCUGGCCAAGAUGUUAGGAGAGAUCUUGGAAACAAGAGUGAUGGUGAAGAGCGGAAUGAAAGUAGACAAGGAUGAUAAAACUCUCCAACAGCUUCUCAACAACAGACAACUUGCCUUGAAGCUGAUUGCAAAUGUCACAUAUGGCUACGCAUCUGCGUCUUUUUCUGGUCGCAUGCCUUGUUCAGAAAUUGCGGACAGUAUUGUGCAGACCGGGCGAGAGACUCUCGAGAAAGCUAUCGCUUUGAUCCAUUCUGUCGAUCGAUGGGGCGCCGAAGUAGUGUACGGCGACACUGACUCACUCUUUGUCUACCUAAAAGGCAGGACAAGGGAUCAAGCGUUCAAAAUCGGCCACGAGAUCGCUGCAGCUGUCACCAAGGCCAAUCCUCGUCCUGUCAAGCUAAAAUUCGAAAAGGUCUAUCAUCCCUGCGUACUUAUCGCCAAGAAGCGCUACGUGGGCUUCAAAUACGAAUCACCUUCACAGACCGAGCCCGAUUUCGACGCUAAAGGUAUCGAGACCGUCCGUAGAGAUGGAACUCCUGCAGAGCAAAAGAUCGAGGAGAAAGCACUGAAGAUGCUGUUUCGAACAGCUGAUCUCAGUGCAAUCAAGGGCUACUUUCAGAGCCAAUGCACAAAGAUCAUGUCUGGCCGCAUCAGCAUCCAAGACUUCCUUUUCGCCAAAGAAGUCAAGCUUGGCUCCUACUCCGACAAAGGCCCACCACCACCAGGUGCACUUCUCGCCACAAGACGCAUGCUCAACGAUGCACGUACAGAACCACAGUAUGGCGAGCGCAUACCAUAUGUCGUUGUCAGCGGGGCGCCCGGCGCUCGACUCAUCGACCGGUGCGUUGAUCCGGAAGUCCUCCUCCGUGAUGACCACUUAGAACUUGACGCCGAAUACUACAUUUCUAAGAAUCUUAUCCCGCCCCUCGAGCGCAUCUUCAAUCUUGUGGGCGCGAACGUCAGACAGUGGUUUGACGAGAUGCCGAAAGUGCAACGCAUCCGCAAUGUACAACAGCAUCAAGCAGAUGAGAUGGAACAGCCUAUUCUUAAGAAGACUAUGGAGAGCUACAUGAAAAGUUCGUUAUGUAUCGUAUGUCGUGCGAAAUUGCCGCCGCCCACAAACGAGCAGGAGAAUAAUGCUAACUCUCGAAUACCGCUUUGUGACGCAUGUAGCAGGUUUCCCUCGCGCUCUCUGCUGACGCUGCGGAGACGUAUGCAGAAGGCGCAGACCAGAGCGCAAGAUGUAGAGAGGGUGUGUAGAAGCUGUGCUGGUCUCACAUUUGGUGAGGAGGUACGGUGCGAUAGUCGAGACUGUCCGGUGUAUUAUACGAGGGUCAGGGAACGAUCUGGGUUGGCUAUGAUACAGGACACAGUUGGAGUCGUUGUUUCCGCGCUGGAGACGAGUGAGAUGGAGAAGGAGAAGGACCUUGAGUGGUGAGCAAGUCUUUUCGGCCUGUGUUGACGUAACAUACUUGUAUUUUUACAUAUAUGUAUUACGAUCAAUUCACGGUCCAGGGUCACAUGAACAUUUCCAAGUUGUUGAGAUGUACAGGCCGCCGGAGGGCACAGCCUUGUUGGCGGGGUAAUGGAAUCAUCCAUACAUGCGAGCAGGAUGUAACAGUGGCACUUCAACCCCACGUCAUAUUGAAACGUACACUUACCUCCCAAACAUCCCCGAAAGAAGUCUAGCAGGUUGUCGAAAUGGAGCCUGUAACAGCAUUGGGCCUUGCCGCUGCGACAAUACAGCUGGUCGACUUUACCCACCGUGUUCUGCGGACGACG